AUCAAAUCUCAAUGGGACCUCACAAUUUGGCUCAGAUCCUUCACACACAAAACCUGUAGAGAUAGCCAUAAAAACACCCUUCAUAGAUAUCAGCAGCAGCUACAGCUACAACAUCAACACAACCAUGGUAUCCAACUUGUUUCGCCUUGUCCUCCUCGGCCUUUUCAGCUUGGCCGUGGAAGGUAACAACAGAUAUGAAAUCUUCUUUUCCUACACGAUGAAUGAACAAGACGAAGAUUGUUGGGGCCAAGAAGCUGCAAUCCGAGACAUCGUGACGUUCCCUGCCCUCGAGGAACAGGACGAGCUAACCGAAGUCCGUGGUAGAGCAUGGAGGGUCCGGACGAACAAUGGCCGAGGUAAUAACAAUCGAAGAGGCCUUCGUGUUCGUGUGUUGAAUAAUUCCAACAGGGACGUGAAAGAAUUGGAGGAAUCGAUUCGGGAAAGUGCCCAGAAACUGAUCACUGAGAUGAGUGACGAAGACAAAGAAAGGGUCCCCUGCCUGAAAACGGACGCCAUGCCCGAAAACAGUAAUAACGAUGAAAGCCAAGUGCCUCUGGUCUUUGUCGUCAUGUCCCCUGUUGAAUCCAACGGUCAGGGCAACGGUGGUGAUAGUAACCCUGGUCAAGGCAACGGCGGCGAUAACCCAGGUCAAAGCAAUGGCCUCGGCAACGGCAACAACAGGCGGGUGGAAGAAGCGGAUGUGCUUGAGACGUCUCCUGAGGGUGUGGAAGGAAGAAGGCUUGGAGAUAAAGAGUGUUUGGACGAUGCAAAAAAAUAUUGCCGUGCGGGUAUCUAUUAUUACUGCGACUUUUGCUGCGAUUGCUAAGUUCCCGGCACCUUGCAUUGGGGCUUGUCUCCGCAAGCUAUGUCAAGCGACCACGAGGGCGGUGGGCUUCCAAGUUCAUAAACACUGUACAAUAAAAAGACUAAACCAUAAUCACAGUUUCAAAGC